AGUACCCAUCCUACCACUCCUGGGGAGAAAAGUACCCAGCCUACCACUCCUGGGGAGACAAGUAUCCAGCCUACCACUCCUGGGGAGAUUGAUUCAUCCACUGCAACUAGCACUGUGCCACUGACAACUGCGUCACAGACAUCAAUGACAAGUACUGAUGGACCUUCCUCUACACCUUCCCGGUCAACGAUAACCACCACAGAGGGUCCCCAAACUGUUCCAAGCAAGUACUUCAUUGGAUAUUCAGCCGAAUUCAUAAGUCAGACUUCCAACAAUUUGAACUGUUUGAACGAGUCAGUGUUCAAGAUAAAUCUUCAAAUCAUCAUGUCGUCACCACAGGAGAUGAAAAAGAAAACUUGUAAAGGUGUAGAAAUGCAGCAAGUGCCUUAUCAGCUUAAAGUCGCUAACCAGACCAGAGUGACGGCUGACAUCAAGUUCCAACUGAGCAGUAAUACUGUAAGCAACAGAGUAGUGGCUCAAUGUGGCAAUGACAUACAGGACUUCAUCCAACAAAAACUAGUAAACUUGCUGAAUGAUUUCAAUGAGUGUUUGGUGACCCAAACAUACUUGACGGGUCCAGGAAAGCUUGGCUGGGUGUGUGAUAGUGGCUAUGUACUCAGUCCUGAUGAAACUACUUGUACAAAGUGCACAACCUGUACCACAGCCACUGUGCCACCUAGUACAUUUACAACAGCCACUGUGCCACCUAGUACAUUUAAAACAGCCACUGUUUCACCUAGUACAUUUACAACAGCCACUGUGCCACCUAGUACAUUUACCACAGCCACUGUGCCACCUAGUACAUUUACAACAGCCACUGUGCCACCUAGCACCGCAGCCAAUGUGGCCACUACCACUGAUGGAGCAACACAACAGCUGACCAGUACUGCUCCUACUGAUCAGACAACCACAGUACUGAUUACUACCACCAGCGUUUUAACAGAUCCAGUGACUACUCCUCCUCUCUCCACUACCACGACAUCGUCCACUGAUACAACAUCCUCCGACACACAGACACCUUCUAGUACCGAGGAACCGUCUACUACUACUGUGACAUCCACUGCUGUGUCGUCUUCUGUCACAUCACCAAUCACAGUGGUAUCUGCCACUUCUACCACAACAGUUACUAGCCACGUAACGACAACCUUGCAGCCUGCUGGUUCCUCGACACAGCCUCCACCACCACCACCCGUGCGUUCCCACCUGACGUUGUACUACCAGGCAGUGCUGACUGGAAACCAGAUUGGAGCCGACCAGUGUACUGGAGUCCUACAAGCUGCUGUCAACCAAUCACUGGCCAACGUACAUGUCGGGCUGCCACAGGAACUGACAAAAAGCAAAACCUGUGAUAAGGCGUCUGUGACCUCCCCAAUCUACAUGCUCUACCUCAAUGUCACCCAGGGACAAAUCAAUGUAAUUUCUACAUUCCUGUUGACAAGUGAUCAAUCAACAGUUCAAAAUACAAUCAUAGAAUCCUGUGCCAAUGGAAGAGUACAGAAAUUCAUCAAGGAAAAAUUGAAAAAUGAAUUGGAAAGUGAACUCCAGGAAAUUUCAUCCACGUGUGCUGGAGUCAGUCUGACAGAGCCGCCAAGGUUUGACAGAAAAGAGUGGGAGUGUUUUGAUGAUUACCAGAUAGAUAUAACAGCUAAUUUCUGUACACACUGUCCAGAUUGUAAGGAGCUGACCACUACAACCACAACCACUACAAGUGUGGCCCUCACUACCACUUCACCACAGACUGCGACUGUACAACCUCUAGGCGUCAUCCCGUAUUACGUGAUUGUGACGGAGACCGAGAUCGUCAGCACACUCAUCCUCAACCUCGGCUGUAUUUCUCUAAUGAAGACAGUUAUAGAAGAGGCAGUGCAAACAACCAGUGAUGAGAUUCAAACUGGGGUUGAACAGGAGAAAUCUUUGUGCAGUUAUGCUUCAAAUCUAAUUAUCAUGAAGACCAAUGGGAAAGUAACCUUUCUAGACAAAAUGUUGCACUUUACUGUGCCCUUUGCCAUGCAGAGUUUUACUGCCAGUGAUGAAGAUGUGGAAAACUGUGCUAGAAAUGAAAUAAUACCUCGACUGAACCAAAUAUUUGUGUCCAACCUCAAUGGUAAGGUAUCGGAUUUGAACGGGGUAUGUGGUGACCUACAGAUUCAGAGCUUCAACAUAAGUGAGUCUAUGUGGGAGUGUCCGGAAGACUACUCUCUAGAGAAGACUUCAGUGACCCGUCGUUGUGUAUUGAACUCUCCAACAACUGGGGUGACGUCCUCCCCCACUGUACCAGUCGUCACAGCCACACCUCCCUCCACUGUACCAGUCGUCACACCCUCCACAGGCAACAGCUCUCUACUGCGCCUCAUCCCUGUAUACAUGGCGUUUUUGUCUGUCAAUGUGCACUUUCCAGCUACCCAUAGUAGUAGCUGUAAUUCAGAAUUCAUUGACUUGACUGGCAACUGGCUCAAACGUAACAUCACCAACUGGUGUCCUGCCAUGGCAAGCAACAUCUCAAAUGAAGCGUUUCCUGUCAUUGCUCAUACCAAGAUCAGCAUUAACUUCACUUUGGAGAUAUCGGCUGUGUCCAUCAAUGUGACGAAGGAGAACUUAAGUAUGUGUGGGGGUAUGGUGGUUAGUGACUUCCUCACAUUCUUCAACCAGACCUGGGUCAGCCUUCCCACCUGUAGCAGUGUAUUAGUUGAGUCCUCCAGAUACCUGGGCCUCGAGUUUGGUUGUAGCUAUGGACUGGACUUCCAGGAAAACUACUUCUACUGUUUGUCUGAUGUGACAUCUGUUGGGUACAUUAUGACUGCUGAGGUUGGCUACACCUGGGAUGUUGGCGGGGGAGAGAAAUGCCUCAAUGAGCUGAUGCAGACAAUCUCAGAGGAAAUUAACAUUUUUCUCAAAAACAUCUCCAAAGACAUCAACAGUACAGCUCUGUGUACACGGGACGUUAUGUUGUCUGUCCGCCAACAGAAUGCAUCAACCAGUAGUUUAUAUGACAGGGCUAUGAUCAAAAUUCCAUUUGAGCUGUGGAGCAAAAGUAACAAUGCUGGAGCAUUACAGUCGUGCGCACCUUCCAUGGAAGCAAGAAUUGUUGAUGCCUUGAAGCUGUUGUUUGACUUGGACAUCCCUGAUAUGGUUGAUAUUACUAAGUGUCCGGUGGUCAUUAAUUUGGACCAAAAUGUGGAUUUCCGAUUGACAGAAACGCACUAUUCCUGUCCUAUAGGGUCAACAUGGGAUGCAAGUGUGGUCCAGUGUCUAUCAGAUAACAAUAGGAGAAAGAGAUCUACAUAUGCUUCCUACAACAACUUCCUGAGAAAGCAACCAUUAAGCUUCGCUUCUUCUUACAAGGACAUUAAAGGAAAACGACCAACACUCAUUUCUCCUGAUGACAGUCUGAGGAGAAAGCGACUUACCCAGGAUUCUAAAUCUGUUAUGGUGUCCCACAAUUAUGCAAGGAGUAAAAGACCUGCACUCUUUUUGUAUAACAAAAGGAGAAGACAAAGAUUUGACCACGUUGCAGACAAUAGACAGAAAAAUAAUUGGAGGAGAAAGUGGACUGUUUUGUCUGAAAAUCUUGCGAGGAUUCGGAGUAAUGUGGAGCCCCAGCGUGCUGUAAACAUGGAGAGGAGUCGGAGGAAUAUAGAGUCUCGCCGUGCUAUAGACAUGAUGAGGAUUCAGAGGAAUAUGGAGCUCCACCGUGCUGUAAAUAUGAUGAGGAGUCAGAGGAAUGUGGAGCCCCACCCUGCUGUAAUCACGGAGAGGAUUCGGAGGAAUGUGGAGCCCCACCCUGCUGUUGACAUGGUGUGGAGUGCAGCUUUCCCCAUGUGCAGAGAUACAGAAAAACCCACAUUCAGAGAUUGUCCAAAGUCCCCCGUUUUUGUGAGUCUGCCACCUGGGGGCCCUGUACCUGUCGAUAUCACUGUCCCUUCAGCCUAUGACAACUCCAACAGCUCUGUUACUAUGACUUACAGUCCAUCUGACUUCAGAACGCCAUAUCUUUUCAGAAAGAACACCACAGUGAUAAUCACUGCCCGGGAUACCAGCAAUAAUGAGGCCAGAUGUAACUUCCAGGUGAUACUGAUAGAUACCUUCCCUCCUACCAUUGAAUGCCCGAUGUCGGUGGUAAUAGAAAAGUAUGAUACAAACCAGACUACAGUUCCUAUCCGCUACCAUGGCAACUACAUCACGGCAAUAGGGGACAGUGGCAUUGCUCAGUACACAUACCGACCACAAGAGGGCACUUAUAUCAGCAUUCGCACCCACGUCCAAGUCAUGGUGACAGUGCACGACAAUCAAGGAAACACAGCCUCCUGUAACUUCACCUAUGAAGCUCAGAGAAAUGAGAGUUUCCCUAUAUAUCAGUUGGACUUCAGUGUGAACCUGUCUCCGGCUAGUUCACACUCUAGUGUAUGUGAUGUGAGCUCACUGAUGAAGAUAAACAUAUCCAACAUCAUCAAGGAUGACUGCUACACCAAAUUCCCACAAAUGUUCAGCAUAGAAGUGAAGAGUUUACUCAUUGAUCAGGAGGUUGUAAAUAUAACAGCUCAGAUUUGGAGACAGUCUCCCUCAGUGGAAGUGACUCCGGAGGCAAUGUCUGUAUGUGCGAAGUAUGCCACGAAAGCAUUGAACACACUUAAUAAUGUAGUUCUACAGCUAACUAGCUGUGAAGAGGUGGCAUUAUCAUACUCCAGCAAGACCUUACAACAGGGCUUCACAUGUCCAAAUUACAGUGUGUUAACACCUGCCAAAUACUGUCGCCAGUGUGUGCUGGGGACCUUUCCUAACACCAGUCAGUGUGAACCCUGUCCCAAGGUCAGUAAUGACAGGCCAGCUCGCCAUCCCUACUGUCAGAUCUGCUCACUGGACACUCAGGAGGACAGCCACUGUCUAGCUGUGUGUAAACCUGGAGAAUACUCCAGCACUGGUCUACAACCAUGCAUCAAAUGUGCCAAGGGAAACUACUCUACUGACAAUGCAAGCAUUUCCUGUACUGAAUGCCCAGGAAUGUCCACUAGCACUGUGAACAUAGGAUCCUCAUCUCCAUCAGACUGUAAAGAGGAAUGUCCAAUGGGAGCCUAUAGCUUGACUGGUCUGAAGCCCUGUGUGCACUGCCCCUAUCACUUCUAUUCUGACCACACCCGGUCAACAUCAUGUACGGAAUGUCCGAGAGGGAAAGGCACCACAUCUCCUGGGGGAGCUUCACAAACUCUGUGUAAAGUACUGAAUCCCUGCCUCAGUAAAGUUUGUCUGAAUGAUGGCACAUGUACCAUGUUGGACGAAGGACGUUUCCAUCAGUGUUCCUGUCUGUCUGGCUUCACUGGCGAGCGCUGUGAAAAUCACAUCAAUGUAUGCCAAAGCUACCCCUGUAUGAAUGGAGCAACAUGUCAGGCCAGCAACAGUUCCAACAACUGUAUCUGCCGUCCAGGUUAUACUGGCUUAUAUUGUGAGACAGAUAUCAACGAUUGUGAAUCAAACCCCUGUGUACAUGGUAACUGUAUUGAUCGGCUUGGAGGAUUCUCUUGUGCCUGUUACCCAGGUUAUAAAGGGCUCAGUUGUGAUUCCCCGUUAAAUGAGUGUGCCAGUCAGCCAUGCAUGAAUAAUGGGACAUGUGUGGACAAGAUAGGGGAAUAUCGCUGUUACUGUAAUGGUACAGGCUUCCAGGGGACUAGGUGUAACACAAAAGUCAUGGACUGUCUCGACAACACCUGUCUCAAUAUGGGCGUAUGUCAUGAUUACAGGAACGAAUUCAAGUGCUCCUGUUUGCCAGAUUUCACAGGAUCCCAGUGUGAAGAGGCGGUGGAUAAGUGUGUGUCCAGACCUUGUCUGAACCAGGCAUUGUGUCUUGAUGGCGUCAACAACUAUUCCUGUAUAUGUCAGCGAGGAUACACGGGAACUCACUGCGAGAUUGAUAUUAAAGAAUGCCAGAGUAACUCCUGCAGGAAUGGUGGCACAUGCAAAGAUGGAAUUGAUGAUUUUGAAUGCACCUGUGCCAGAGGGUAUGCAGGGAAGUCAUGUGCAGUGAACAUAGAGGAUUGUUUGUCAUCACCGUGUCGGGACAACAACACUGUCAAGUGUGAGGACCUGGUGGACGGCUUCCUCUGUGUCUGUAAACCAGGAUGGACAGGUGUGAACUGUGAGACCUUACUUGAGGAGUGUACCUCCCAUCCCUGCCAAAACGGUGCUACUUGUCGGGACAUUGACGUUGACUACAUCUGCAGCUGUCCUACUGGUUAUACUGGACUUGACUGUCAGGUGGAUGUGGACGACUGUGCAUCAGGUCCAUGUUACAACGGUGGAAAUUGUACAGACAGAGUCAACAGCUACACCUGUACCUGCCUUCAAGGCUUCACAGGGGCAAAGUGUGAGGAUUUGCUAGAUCAGUGCUCUUCAUCACCCUGUCACAACUCAGGCACCUGUGUCAGUCUCCUCGGCAACUACAGAUGUAGGUGUAAACAUGGAUGGACGGGACUGAACUGUGAGAAUGAAGUUGAUGAUUGCUUGAGUAUGCCUUGCCAUAAUGGAGGGACAUGUCAAGACCAGUUCUUAGGCUAUAACUGCACCUGUGCUCAUGACUACACAGGCCCUCAGUGUGAUGUAGCGAUGGAUCCCUGUGACUUCCUGUCCUGUGAGAAUGGGGGGAGCUGUGUUAUAGAAGGGGGCCAUGUUAUGUGUGUGUGUGCACCCACCUAUACAGGCCAGGUCUGCGAGGCCCUGAUAGACAAGUGUAAGGUCAACAAUCCCUGUCAGAAUGAUGCCAUCUGCUCCUCCAGUGGAUGUCAGUGUCAGCCUCUGUACACAGGGAAGCACUGUGACAAAUUGAUGACCAAGGAUUUCGACCUGAUGUUCCCUGGCCAGUCUGGCUCUCUGGUUAAGUCUCCAGUCAUGUCAUUACAGCAAACCUCACAGUUCUCUGUGUGUCUGUGGGUACACUUCAGGAACCAGACAGUAAACAUGACAUUCUUGUCUCUUCACAGUGAGGGUGAGUCUGAGACGAAGGAGUUACUGGCCAUGCUGGGGGGAAAACUCAUCCUUUCCUUUUCCUCAACCAUUUCUGUCAACUGGACUGUCCAUGACAAGCUCUGGCAUCAUGCUGCCUUGACCUGGUCAGAUUCUGGCCACUGGUCAGUGUAUGUGGACGGCCAAAUAAUCAAUGGGGGAACUACAUACAAUGAACAAGUUGCCAUGCCAAACAAACAAUUCAUUGUACUGGGACAGAGAUCAGCAUAUCCCACAGCACACAAUCUCUUUGAAGGGGAGAUAAGUCAGGUGAAUGUGUAUAGCAAGGCCCUGAGUCAGAUGACCAUCCAGGCAAUGGCCAACAACUGUACCACUAGCCAGGUACUAGGUGACCAACAUCAGUGGCCUGAGUUCAGUAGCUAUAUCCAUGGCAACGUUAGUGUCAUCAUGCCAACCAUCUGUGGGGUGUCCACCUGUCCUCCGGGUCUGAAGGGACCUCGUUGUGACAAGCUCAUUGACAAGAACCCCCCUGUGGUCCACAACUGUACAGACGAUAUUAUGAUUGUGACUGACCAGCGUCUCAACAAAGUGGACUGGCAGGAACCAAGCUUCUCUGACGACGUAGGAGUGAACAAUAUUACCAAAACACACCGGCCAGGAAUCACUUUAUCCUACGGACAAUAUACAGUUCACUACACUGCCUUUGAUGAGGAGAAAAACUUUGCCAUCUGUAGCUUUGAUAUCUUCAUUAAGCCCUGGAGCUGUGUGAUGCCUGCUAGUCCUAACAGUGUACAGGUAGAAUGGAGUACGUGGGAGGAAGGACUAUCUUUCCAAAUCUCCUGUUUGGACUCAAACAUACAGGACUUUCCUGUCCCAACACCCAACUGGUUCACUUGUGGCAAAGAGGGGUUCUGGGACCCUCCACAAGGAACAGACUUCACAAUUCCAAGCUGUGCUGGAGUGACUUCAGCAUCUGGAAGUCUGUCUGGAGAGAUAAAAUUCUUGGGACCAGUUUGUACUGAGGAAGCAGUACUGAGCCUGCAGCAGGAUACUCUGGCUGUGUUCCAGGAGCUGUACCAGCCUCUGUGUCCCUCCUCAGGCUGUAGUACAGCCAGCAUCCAGGUCGACUGUGGAGGCUUUGAUGUCAAAAGAAGGAAGAGACAGGCUGACACCACCUACAGUGUCCUUUUUGAAUUACCUGUGAAUGGGUCAUCAUUAGGCAGCUCUGGUAAUGCAGGGACCCUGAGAUUUGAGACAAUGGUGAAGGAAGGCAGUUUUGACAUGGCUGACUUUAUCCUAGACAAGAACAAUGCCAGUAUAAGAAGUGCUAUACAGUGUAAAGAGCCAGGCCAGAUUCUUACCCCAGCUAAUCUCUGUGUAAAUUGUGCUGUUGGAACAUAUAAAAAUGACAACACAUGUGUUUUGUGUGCGAUUGGUGAGUUCUCCGACUCUGAGAGACAAACUUCCUGUCAGAGAUGUCCACCAGGAACCACUACACAGACACGAGGCUCGACCCACAGAACACAUUGCUUCACAUUAUGCUCUACUGGUGAGUUUUAUGACAAAGGGAUCGAUGGAUGUGGGACGUGUAGCCUUGGUUACUACCAGGAUGAAGUCGGACAGUUCAGUUGUAAAUCCUGUCCUAAUGGCCAAAUGACUACCGACCGAGGAGCCGACUCUGCAAGCCUCUGUACUGAUGCAUGUGAUGUUGGGGAGGAGUUGACCGUGUCGGGUACUUGCGUUCUUUGUCAGAAGGGGACCUACCGCGACAGUGUAGACCUAUUAGCCUGUGUUCCCUGUCCCUACGGCUACACAACACUAAGGAGUGGGGCUGUCUCCAGACUCAACUGCUCUGUUGUGGAGUGUCCAGCUGGUCAAUACAGAAAUGACACGAACAGUUGUGUGAUCUGUCAACGUGGAACCUUCCAGCCUGAGACUGGUCAGUCAAGUUGUCUGAAGUGUGGGAAGGGCAUGACCACCAUCCACCCUGGGUCCACCUCAGGCAGUCAGUGUAUCAGUGGCUCUGUAGAUGAGUGUAAACUACACCUGGAUGAUUGUCAUCAGGAUGCGACCUGUGUAGAUCUUCCAGACCUGUACAGGUGUGAAUGUAGGACUGGCUUCUCUGGGAACAGCACCUACUGCAGAGACAACUGCCAAGACAUGUGCGGUGGCCAUGGACAAUGUCGUAAAGAUGAAGACGGCACGGCUUUCUGUGUUUGUAACAGCGGGUAUACAGGAAACAACUGUCAAACCACAGAGGGCAGAUUUUUUACCACCACUUCUAUCAGUGGCAUUGGAGCCUCCCUUGCACUCUUUGUCGCUGCAGUUGUCAUAAUCUUAUGUGUUCUCAAAAGCAGACGUCAAGCUCAUUCUAAGGAGAAUAAUUACCAGGAUAUGAGUAACCGCGUCCACCGGGAAGAUGAAACAGUCGUCUACCCCAAAAAUCAGAUCCCAGUCCGAUUCAACCCUUCCUACUGUGGCGACUCUGAUGACCCUACCCAUCCUGUACGAUCUUCUCCAAGCAUUGAUCUGGAAUCUCCUUGGAGUUUGUACCGCCCAGGGGAUGAGCCUGAGCUUUGGAGGAAUCCCUCACUGUCCUCUGACUCCUCACAGGAAUCCCAAAUCCCCCAAACACACUUCAACCUCCACAAUUCUGCCAAUGGCCAUUUUGACAUAUCUGAGUCUUACUUCUGAACACCAGUGGAUCUGAGAGGUUAGCAUCAAUAGUAUUCUACAACUGCCUUGUCAGUUGGGAAAACACUACGGGUCCUAAGGCAGGCCUGUCCUUAAGACUCACCAGGGCAACCAUGCAGUCCUAAAGCAGUCAUGUCCUAUAGCCUCACCAGGGCAACAACAGGGUCCUAAAGCAGUCAUGUCCUGUAGCCUCACCAGGGCAACAAUGGGAUCCUAAGGCAGUCAUGUCCUAUAGCCUCACCAGAGCAACAACAGGGUCCUAAAGCAGUCAUGUCCUGUAGCCACACCAGGGCAACAACGGAGUCCUCAGGCAAUCCUGUUCUAUAGCCUCACCAGGGCAACAACUGGGUCCUAAAGCAGUCAUGUCCUAUAGCCUCACCAGGUCUUACUUCUGAACACCAGUGGAUCUGAGAGGUUAGCAUCAAUAGUAUUCUACAACUGCCUUGUCAGUUGGGAAAACACUACGGGUCCUAAGGCAGGCCUGUCCUUAAGACUCACCAGGGCAACCAUGCAGUCCUAAAGCAGUCAUGUCCUAUAGCCUCACCAGGGCAAACAUGCAGUCCUAAAGCAGUCAUGUCCUAUAGCCUCAACAGGGCAACAAUGGGGUCCUCAGGUAGUCCUGUUCUAUAGCCUCACCAGGGCAACAACGGGGUCCUAAAGCAGGCAUGUCCUAUAGCCUCACCAGAGCAACAAUGGGGUCCUAAAGCAGGCAUUUCCUAUAGCCUCACCAGGGCAACAAGGUCACACACAAGGUCAAGAGGUGAUAACAUCCAGAGGACAAGAUCAGAGAUAACCACACCCAGGGGUCAAGGUCAGUUAUGACCAACCUCUUUUAUCAAUCAUGCAAAGGCAAUGUCAAAACCAGGCCACAACCAUAAUGCUUACAGAUGAAGCAUCCUAAGGCCUUACCUGCAACAGUGGUAGUCCACAACCAAACUGAGAACAGACAAAGUGUCCUAUGGUCUCACCUGAUUAAGUGGUAGGCCACAACCAAACUGAGAACAGACAAAGUGUCCAAUGGUCUCGCCUGAUACAGGGGUAGGCCACAACCAAACUAAUAACAGAGUGUCCUAUGGUCUCACCUGAUACAGGGGGAGGCCACAACCAAACUGAUAUCAGAGUGUCCUAUGGUCUCACCUCAUACAGGGGUAGGCCACAACCAAACUGAUAUCAGAGUGUCCUAUGGUCUCACCUCAUACAGGGGAAGGCCACAACCAAACUGAUAACAGACAGAGUGUCCUAUGGUCUCGCCUGAUACAGGGGUAGGCCACAACCAAACUGAUAUCAGAGUGUCCUAUGGUCUCACCUCAUACAGGGGUAGGCCACAACCAAACUGAUAACAGACAGAGUGUCCUAUGGCCUUACCUCAUACAAGGCUAGCCCACAGCCAUGAUAAUUACCAUUUUUUGGACUGACUUGAUACAAGGUUAACUGCCACAACAACAACAACAAUAACAGACCAAGCAUCUUUUGGCCUCACCUGAUACAGGGCUAGGCCACAACAACAAGCGUCCUUUGGCCUCACCUGAUACAGGGCUAGGCCACAACAACAAGCAUCCUUUGGCCUUACCUGAUACAGGCCUAGGCCACAACAACAAUAACAGACUUAGCGUUCUGUUGCCACACCCGAUACAGGGCCAGGCCACAAGUCACCGGUACUUACUGACCUGAGAACAUAUCAGAGUGACAAGCCUUCUUUCCAUUUACCGGUAGAUAAUCAAUGCUACCUUUAAUAUCAUAAUGGUUUGUCAG